AUGACUCCGCGCUGCUUCCCGCCAGCCCUGACCUCUGCCUGCACCUCUGCAGUCGCACUCGCCCACCUUUGCCCAGCCCUGCCCCCACACCUCUGCUCCCAGUGCGGGGACCCAGCCUCCGUGUCAUCCCUGGCUCCUCUAGCCCUUCUCCCUCCUCCACCUCACCCCCGAUUCCCGUCCAUCAAUCAGCACUUUGGCUCUACCUGCAAAAUGAACCCCGAGUCCACCUAUUUUUCUUCUCCCUGGACCAUGGGCCCCGUCAUCUCUCACGUGGGACGUUGUCACCUCCGACCUCCACGACGGAGCCUGCUCGCUCUGCCUCGCACACGCACACGCAAUGCUCAGCUGCCAGGACCGGCUCCUCAGACCCAUCACGUGGCUCUCAGCUUAAAGGCCCCCUCCUCUGAGACUCCCCGACCGCCACCUUAUUUGCUGGUCCCUGUAAUUUUUCUUCAAGCCCGAUGCGAGCAGAAACUUGGCUCCUUCCUGGCGUGUGUCCAGCAGCUCCAGCGGCGCUCAGAGGCGGAGCUGUCCAGUGGCUCUUUACUGCGUGGAGGCUGCAUCACGCUCGCGCUCGCUGGGAGCCCACUAUGCACCCGAUACCAUGUCAAGGCACUUUCUAUGCAUUUUCCCUUUGAGUCCACUCCAGAAGUGAGCAGCAAUGGUUACCCUGGUUUUACAGAGCAGGGUGCUGACAUGACGGCCACAACAGGAAACCCUGGGGGCUGGUUCCUGGGGUACCUCAUCCUCGGUGUCACAGGACCCCUCAGCUCUGUCUCUGCGGGCGGCGGCAGCAUCGUCAACGGCGAGGACUGCCGCCCGCACUCGCAGCCCUGGCAGGCCGCGCUGUUCGCGCGAAACGAGUUUUUCUGCGCGGGCGUCCUGGUGCAUCCUCGGUGGGUGCUGUCAGCCGCACACUGUUUCCAGAAAUCCUUCACCAUCGGGCUGGGCCUGCACAGUCUCGAGGCCACCCAAGAACCAGGCAGCCGGGUGAUGGAGGCCACCCUCUCGGUACAGCACCCAGAGUACAACAAACCCCUUCUCGCCAACGACCUCAUGCUCAUCCGGUUGAACGAGUCAGUGCCCAAGUCUGACAGCAUCCGGAACAUCAGCAUCAGCUCCCAGUGCCCGACCGCUGGGGAUUCUUGCCUCGUGUCUGGCUGGGGUCUGCUGGUGGACGGCGGACUGCCCACAGUGCUCCAGUGUGUGAAUAUCUCAGUGGUGUCCGAGGAGGACUGCGAUGAGCACUACGCCCCCAUAUACCAUCCCAGCAUGUUCUGCGCUGGUGGAGGACAGGACCAAAAGGACUCCUGUAAUGGUGACUCUGGGGGGCCCCUGGUCUGCAAUGGGUCCCUGCAAGGCCUCGUGUCUUUUGGACAAGCCCAGUGUGGCCAACCCGGUACUCCAGGCGUUUACACCAACCUGUGCAAAUUCACUGACUGGAUUGAGCAAACCAUCCAGGCCAAUUAG